AUGUUUGGAUCAGCUUUUCAACACAAACUGCAAAGUUCACAACCUAUAUCAAAUAGUGAAAUAUUACCAGCUUCUGAUUUACAACCUAUGUCAAGUAGCGUGAUAUCACUAACCUCCAGUUCACAAGUUUCUUCUAUAUGCCUCAUGUGUUCACAGCCUAUUUUAAAUAGUGAAAUAUUAUCAGCUUCUGGUUCACAAGUUCCUUCCAUAUGCUUUGCAUAUUCAAAUAGUGAAAUAUUACAAACUUCAGUUUCUCCUGUGUAUCUUAUACAUCCACAGCCUAUAUUAGAUAAUGAGGUAUCACCAGUUUUCGGCUUACAAGUUUCUCCAAUCUAUUCUAUACAACAAGAAAAUACUUUUGUUAAUUCUGGUAUAUCAGACAUGAACAAAGAUUUAAACAUUAACAAAAAUUCAGAUAUGAAUAAAGAUUCAAAUAUAGACAAAGAUCAAAAUAUUGAAUUUACUUUGUAUCAAUUAUUGUUAGAUCUGAAUUUAAUGGUACUACCUGUAGAAGGUGUUGAUAUGCCUUUGGUUAAUGCAACAUGUCCAAAAUCUACUGAAAAAAUUAAGAUUACUUCUUGUUAUCUUGAAUAUACCAAUUAUGAAAUUCAUCCUGACACUACUUCUUUUGCCCCCUACUAUUGGCAAUUCCCUGAAUAA